AUGGUCGCCAAAGAUGUCACCCAUCUGUCGGAUCUCCGCAAGAGGACGUCGAAUACCGAUGGAUCAUUUACUCGCAGUUCCUCGACAUUCCGAGAUUUCAUUGAAAAAGGCGGCCAAUUUGAACCUGAGAAAGGUCGUUACCAUCUGUAUGUCUCGUAUGGCUGCCCAUGGGCCACAAGGACACUGAUAAUGCGUCAAUUCAAGGGUCUCGACGACUUCAUCGACGUAACUGUCGUUUCUCCGCGUAUGACCGAGCACGGCUGGCCCUUCGCCACGGUCGACAACUUUCCUGGCGCAAUGCCUGAUCCGUUGUUCAAUGCGCAGUACAUCAGAGACCUCUAUCUGCGCGUGAACCCAGAUUAUGAAGGCCUCUUCACGGUACCUGUUCUCUGGGACAAGCAGACGGGCACCAUAGUGAACAACGAGAGCUCAGAAAUCAUCCGGAUGUUCAACAGUGCAUUUGAUCACUUGCUGCCGACAGAUAAGGCCGCACUCGACUUCUACCCAGAGGUGUUAAGGAACGAGAUCGAUGAACUCAACGAGUGGGUGUACAACACCGUGAACAAUGGCGUAUAUAAGACCGGCUUUGCGAGGACACAGGAGGCAUAUGAGGCGGCCGUACGCCCCCUCUUUGACUCACUCGAUCGCCUUGAGACCAUACUGAAGGGCAAGGACUACCUCAUCGGGGAUCAGCUCACAGAAGCGGAUGUGAGACUAUUCGUGACAAUUAUCCGCUUUGACCCGGUGUAUCACGGUCACUUCAAAUGCAAUAUACGCUCGAUUCGCGGCGACUACCCCGAGAUUCACCGCUGGCUGCGCAAACUGUAUUGGACGGUGCCUGCAUUCAAGGACACAUGUAAUUUUAAGCACAUCAAGGAUGGCUACUACACGUCGAUGUCCAUGCUUAAUCCUUACCAAAUCAUCCCCGUCGGUCCCAAACCAGAUAUUCAUCCCCUCUAA